CCUUGCUGACACUGCUUUCUCUCAGGUUGUAGCCCCCUUCCCCGGGCUGCGGAUCUCUCCAGCAGCACCAUGUCCCUCUCAGUGCGCACCUCUGGGCUCUCCCGGCGGCCAUCUUCCCAGAGUGGGACAUCGGGCAGAGCCAGGGGCACGUCCGCUUCCAUCGUUGGAAGUGGCUAUGGGGGGAGCACCUUUGGCUUUGGAGACAGCUAUGGGGGAGGCUUUUCUUCUGCUUCCAUGUUUGGUUCUAGUUCUGGCUUUGGUGGUGGCUCUGGAAUUUCCUUUGCAGGAGGACUGGGCAGUGCUUAUGGGGGAGCCCUGGGAGGUAGUUCUGGAGCCCUGGGAGGUGGCUUUGGAAGCCUAGGAAGUGGCUUUGGAGGCCUGGGAGGUGGCUUUGGAGGCCUGGGAAUUGGAUUUGGAGGAAGCCCCGGAGGUGGCCCUGGAGGCAUUCUCUCUGGCAAUGAUGGAGGCCUUCUUUCUGGAUCAGAAAAGGAAACCAUGCAAAAUCUUAAUGACAGAUUGGCCUCCUACCUGGAUAAGGUUCGAGCUCUAGAAGAGGCUAAUACUGAGCUAGAAAACAAAAUUCGAGAAUGGUAUGAAACACGAGGAUCUGGGACUGGAGACCCCGGGUCGCAGAGUGAUUACAGUAAAUAUUAUCCAUUGAUCGAAGACCUCAGGAAUAAGAUCAUUUCUGCCACCAUUGGAAAUGCCCAGCUCAUCCUGCAGAUUGACAACGCGAGACUGGCUGCCGAAGACUUCAGAAUGAAGUAUGAGAACGAGCUGGCCCUGCGGGUGAGUGUGGAGGCUGACACCAACGGCCUGCGCAGGGUGCUGGACGAGCUGACCCUGGCCAGGGCCGACCUGGAGAUGCAGAUCGAGAACCUCAAGGAGGAGCUGGCCUACCUGAAGAAGAAUCAUGAAGAGGAGCUCCAAACCUUCCUGGCAGGCGGCCCGGGGCAGGUCAGCGUGGAAAUGGACGCUGCUCCGGGGCUGGACCUCACCAGGCUCCUCAACGACAUGAGGGCGCAGUACGAAGCCAUCGCUGAGCAGAAUCGUAAGGACGCGGAGGCCUGGUUCGUUGAAAAGAGCGGGGAGCUAAGGAAGGAGAUCAGCAUCAACACGGAGCAGCUUCAGUCCAGCAAGAGCGAGGUCACCGACCUGAGGCGCGCAGUUCAAAACCUGGAGAUCGAGCUCCAGUCCCAGCUGGCCACGAAGAAAUCCCUGGAGGACUCGCUGGCGGAAGUGGAGGGCGACUACUGCGGCCAGCUGUCGCAGGUGCAGCAGCUCAUCGGCAGCCUGGAGGAGCAGCUGCUCCAGGUGCGCGCCGACGCCGAGCGCCAGAACGCCGACCACCAGCGGCUGCUGAACGCCAAGGCCCGCCUGGAACUGGAGAUCGAGACCUACCGCCGCCUGCUGGACGGCGAGGCCCAAGGUGACGGUUUUGAUGAAAGUUUAUAUGUGACAGACUCCAAAUCUCAAACACAGUCAAUCGAUUCCUCUAAAGAUCCAACCAAAUCCCGGAAAAUCAAGACAAUUGUGCAGGAAGUGGUGAAUGGUGAAGUGGUCUCAUCUCAAGUUCAGGAAGAACUAAUAUAA